AUGGCUUCCGCCGCAGUGGCACCGGCGGAACUUCCGCAGCGCCAGCUCUCCGCGGACUUUGUCAUAGAGAGGGUGGUUGCGGCGGGCAAGGCGACCCGUUGCGACGGCGCUCAACAAGCCGCGGACGAAGAGCACGUCAGACGACACGUCAGCUCGCUUCCGGCGCGGUAUGUUGCAGCCGGCUACUCGCCGGUGACCGUCAGGAGCCACAUGGCGCUGCUGGAGGAAGCCGCUUCGUUGCGUGAUGGCGUUCCGGCGAUCAGACUAGACGUGAAGAACGGCGACUCGAGCAGCGCCGGUAGCACGCAGCAUGACGCGGUUUCUGUCGCAGCCAUCGGCGCGGCGGGCUAUUGCGACUCCGACGACGAUUGCGACUCAUCAGUCGACGGCUUGUCGCUGGGGUCGUUCGACGACUCGCUCUCAGUCAGUCGCACGGAGAUCACCUUCGCAUGCAGCUCGCACGUGUGCGCGGACGCGCUUUCGUCCGCGCUCCAUCGCGCGGGGAUGCGCACGUUCGGCAUGACGACGUACGACACUAAGAACGGCUUCACUCUCGGGCACUUCAUGUUGCGCGCGUCCAUCGCGCAGUUCUCCAUGCGCGAGCUCGAGGACGUCUUCGCCGCCGCGUGCAAGCGCCAAUCCCCGCGCGGAUCCCUCCCCGGCUCCGCCCCCCGCGCGCUGCAAGCGCUCCCGGAGGUGCUCGGGGAGAAGCUGACACACCUUCGCGGCGCGAUGAAGAAGAAGCUCGGCGCGCUCAUCAUGGACCCGAUGAAGCUCGAAAUCGGACCUCUCAUCGCGGUGGGCGCGUCGGGAGAGGUGCGCAAGGGCGUGUACGAGGGCGAGGAAGUCGCGGUGAAGAUUCUCAAGGGCGAGGGGAAAGACGUUCACUCCAUGGUCGCGGAGUUCCGCCGCGAAGUCGUGACGCUGAUGGCGUGCGGGGAGUGCCCGCAGCUGCUCAAGUUCCUCGGCGUGUGCGUGGACGUGCGCGGGCGCAUGUGCAUAGUGACCAAGUACAUGGAAGGCGGCACGCUCAGCGACAUGCUCCGCCGACGACAACCGCUACAGCCGCUACAGCCGUCUCAGCAGCAGCAGCAGCAGCAGUGUGGAACAGCGAGGAAACCGAGCAUGAGCGAGGUGUUAUCGAUCGCACUAGACGUCGCAAACGCCAUGGCGUUUCUCCACAAGCACGGCAUGAUUCAUCGCGAUCUUAAAUCCGCGAAUAUUCUCCUCGACCGUGACAACCGCGCGGUCGUGGGCGACUUCGGGGUCGCGCGAUUAAAGACGGAGCGCGGCGAGAUGACUAAGGAGGUCGGAACGUACCGUUGGAUGGCGCCAGAAGCCUUCGGAACGAGCUCCUGGCCCGUCACGCACAAGGCUGACGUGUACAGUUAUGGAAUCGUUCUCUGGGAGCUGAUCGCAGGGGAGCUACCGUUUGCGGAUUAUUCUCCGUUACAGGCUGCUGUGGCGGUGGCUCUUAACGGAGCGCGGCCUCCUGUGCCGGAAUACUGCCCUCCCGGGGUUAGGAAGCUGAUGGAACGGUGCUGGGACAAAGCGCCCAAGGAACGGCCGGAAUUCACGGAAGUGGUAACUGUGCUGCAGCAGCUGAUGCGGGAGGAGGAGGCGCAGCGGUAG